AUGGGAUAAAUAUUCGUGUAUAUUGUAGAAGCGAGAAGACUCAUUGAUAGUAAAUCUUCGUAAAUGUAAUAGAAAAUUAAUAUAUUCACGAAACAUAACCUAAAAUUUUUAAAUGAACAAGGAAAAGUCAGAGAUUAAAACUGUCAAACAUCCUCCUUGGAAGGAUGUUGGCAUAUCAGAUCCACGAGCACGGUUAAAAUCUCUUUCUGACUAUGCUUCCACAGUAGAAAUGGACCGUAACAUUCCACCACAAAGAUAUUACCGUUCUGGUGUAGAAAUGAUUAGAAUGGCAGAUAUGUAUAUGAAAGAUAAUGAUUUUGAAUAUGCAUAUUUUUUGUAUGUCAAAUUCAUAACGAUUUUUGUUGAAAAAAUAAGAAAUCAUCCACAAUUUCAUACAGUUCCAUUAAAAGAUAAGGAGCAUAAUCAACAAACACUUCGUAAAGUAAUUCCUAAGGCUGAAGAAUUAAAGAAACAAUUAUUAGAACAAUAUCAAACAGAAUUAAAUAAAUAUUUGGAAGAUGUAAAAGAAAAAGAAAAAAUUGAAAGAGAAAGAUUGAAACAAGAAGAAUUAGAAAAAUUGAGAGAAGAAGAAGAAAGAAAGAAUAAAUUAGCUGCAUUAGCAGCUGUUAAAGCAGCAAAAGCUGCCAUGACUGCAAGUAUAACAUCUCCUGAAGAUGGCAAGCUUAAACAAAUUUCCAGUAUAUCAUCAAGACCAUUAGUAAGUCCAUCUAGUGAUUUAAAUAUACAGACAUCUAAAGAAAAGAAACCUACUAUAGAUCGUUCAACAAAACCUUCCUUGCUGUGUGACAAUUUUACUUUAAGAGAUAUAGUACUGCCAACAAAAUUAAUGCAUAGCUUUCUCAUGUUGGCUUCCACUAAUACCAUGAAUAAUAAAGAAACUUGUGGUAUAUUAGCAGGGAAAUUAGAACGAAAUAAAUUAUUAGUUACUCAUUUAUUAAUUCCCGAACAAACUGGAUCUCCAGAUUCCUGUGUAACACAUAAUGAAGAAGACAUAUUUGAUUAUCAGGACCAACAUAAUUUAAUUACUCUUGGUUGGAUACAUACACAUCCUACACAGACUGCAUUUCUGUCUAGUGUUGAUCUUCAUACACAUUGUGCAUAUCAACUUAUGAUGGCUGAAGCAAUAGCCAUUGUUUGUGCUCCUAAGUAUGACGAAACGGGAUUUUUCAUUUUAACUCCUGAAUAUGGAUUAGAAUUUAUUGCCAACUGUAGGGAAACUGGAUUUCAUCCACAUCCAACCGAGCCACCAUUAUAUACGAAAGCAAAGCACUGUAAAUUGGAUGUAACAGCAAUCAUAGAAGUAGUAGACUUAAGAAGAAAAUGA